AAAAUAUAAUCAAAAUGGCGUUUACUUCAGUGACAUAUCAAUGUUUUCUAUUUUAUUUCUUUGUUGAAAAAAAGUUUUAAUUAUUUUUAGUAUAUUUCACAGUGCUAUGUUCUACUAUGUCUACUAACAAUCUGUCGUCAGUAUUUAAGUCCUGUUCAGAAAGUGAACUAAUUAAUGAGGUGUCCGAGACGAAUAUGGCACAAAAGCAAGUGGAGGGGUCCCGGUUGAAGCGCACUUUUACAUUACCUCGGAAUCCUUUUGGAAGCAACAAAGCUAGUUCCAGUAAGAAUAAACUUCCUGACAAUGAUAGCAAAACAACAAACGCAGCGUCAAACCUUUUGGAAGUUCAGAAAGAGGAAAACGGAAUGGAGAGGAAGUUGUUCAGAAGGCCUUCAUGGAAACGAUUUUUGAAUAAGAUAGCCCAACACAUGAGUACUGUACACGUAUCUGGAGUUAAGUCAGCACCAGUUUUAGUAAAUGGAGAUAGGAUACCAUGUGGUGGCGAUCCACCAUGGCCCCCUGGUGCAAUGCCAGCUGCUACCGGCAUUAAAAAUCAUGGCAAUACCUGCUACAUGAAUGCAGUUCUACAGUGCCUCUCUCACACAGAUGUUAUAGCUGAGUACUUUGUAUUGGAUCAUUAUAAGGUGGAUUUACAAAAAAGGAACAAAAUAAAUUCAAAAAAAUAUGGCACUCGAGGUGAAGUCACGGAGCAGCUGGCCACAUUGCUGAAGGCAUUAUGGUCAUGUCACUACACACCAGACAUGAGUACAGCUUUCAAGAGAGCAGUUGAAAGGCAUGGUACACAAUAUAGAGGGAAUAGUCAACAUGAUGCACAAGAAUUUCUAUUUUGGCUGCUUGAUAAGGUUCAUGAAGAUUUAAAUACAGCUACGAAGAAGAAGUACAAAACAAUUAAGAAUACAUGCGGUAAACCAGAUGAGGUGGUUGCAGCAGAAACCUUGGCAAACCAUGCUAGGAGGAACAGCUCAUUUGUGCAGGCUGUUUUCCAGGCACAAUACAGGUCUGCACUGACAUGUGCGAAAUGUGAGCGCACGUCGUGCACGUUUGAUCCAUUCCACUGCGUGAGCGUGCAGCUUCCGUCGAGGCUGGCGGCUGCACAGCCAUCCCCACUACCUGUAAAUGUCGUGUAUGUGAACCAACAGCCGAGGCAAGUUCGUAUCGGCGUGGAACUAACUCCUAACGCGACGAUGGAAGAUUUACGUACAACAUUGCACAGCGACACCGGCAUUGAUAGGGAUCAUAUUAUCUUGGCUGAAAUCAACGAAAUGGGUUGGUGCAAUGCGAGGGCGGGUUGGGAGGUGGCUGGAAUUGAUUUCGGCGCGCUCUACUGUAUAGAGUCGCCUCCGCUGCUGCAGACUCCCACCACGCCGUACCUACUAGUGCUAUGGGUGAAUCUUUUGGACGGAGAGAGAUUUGGGUCACCGUACGCUAUGCAAGUGCCCCGUGAGAUUUCGUACGAAGACCUCCAGAAGUUGAUGUUGAAGGAGAUGUGUCAGGUGGUAGCCGAGCGAGUGUUGGAGAACGCGCAGGGCACGGACAUAUUCCGCGCUAGGAUAGCCGAGGCGCAUCGACCGAGGGACCCGGCCUAUUUGCAACCAGAGCUUCCUCAUCCGUUAUUUGCCCUCGAUGUGGAGCAGGCGUUAUGUUCGCACGACAAACACCCUCACCUCCGAUUAGAGCUUCUCUGGGAUCCAGCACACAGAGACAGCAUAAUCCGCGAAGCAGGCGAGGCGUGCGAGGUGCACGUGUCGGCGGGCGCGGGCGCGGGCGCGGGCGCGGGCGCGGGCGCGGGCGCAGGCGCGGGCGCGGCGCCGCUGACGCUGCACGCCUGCCUCGCGCACUACACGCGCGCCGAACAUCUCGCGCAGGAGGACGCAUGGAGAUGCCCUCAGUGUCAAAGAUACAUGCCUGUUGUAAAAACGCUUGGACUGUGGUCCCUUCCUGAUAUAUUGGUGAUACAUUUGAAGAGAUUUCGACAGCAAGCAAAAGGCCGUACAAGUACGAAGUUAACGACGAUGGUCGAAUUUCCCUUGAAUGACUUCGACAUGUCGCCGCACCUCGCGCGGCGGAGUGUGCAGGCGUCGGACUCGCCCGGCCACUCGCGUUCGCCGCGGCGCCGCCUCUCCAAAACUCCCAGUAACACACCGCACGACAACAUGUAUGACCUGUACGCCAUCUGUUAUCACCACGGAGACGACUUAGAGACUGGACAUUAUACGGCCGCCUGCAAAAACCCCUACGACGGCCACUGGUAUAAAUUUGACGAUUCGAGAGUGACGUGUGUUGACGACGAAAACGCAUACAGUGAAUUAGUGAACAAUACGGCAUACAUGCUGUUCUAUAGGCGCCGACGGCCGCAUGUGACGCACACGUGCUCCACCGAUGAGCACAGCGGACACUGGGCGCUUCGUAUGCCGAAGCAUGUGAAGAGACCAAGCGAGAGCUUCAACGAACUGAUCGAAGUGAAGGAAGAGCCCGUGGAGGAUUCCAAGAAACUGCUAGAAAAUAAAGAACACGAUUCAGAGUCCGAUGUCACCGCGUUAACUCACAGUCCCACACUCUCCAGGAGCGUGGACAGUCUUCCCGACGACCAUGUGACAGAGUCGACAUCCCCUGUCAAACAAAAUACCAACGUAAUACACAACGCGACGAUCGUACAGUCGCCGACGCUGCAGAGGCCGCUGAUAGUGGAGGUGACCGGCAGCAGCGGGCGGGACGAGGCUCGCGCGCCGGAGGGCGAGAGCGUCGUGCCGUACAUCCACAAGGACGUGCACGUCAACCCGCGCAUGACGCCGGUGGACGCGCGCCGGCCGCGCCCCGGCGAGUGCGCGCGCGCCGCCACGCUGCCGCCGCCGCCGCACGCGCCGCACGCGCCGCUCGUCGCCACCAUCAACGGACUGGAGUACCACCCCACCACUGAGCACCUGAUGCUAUCCAUGUUUCAGGACUCUAAGUUUAUCGUCCCGAGGCACGCGGCGCAUAUUACCGGAGAAUCUCAUAGGACAGGAGAAAAGCCUGUAUGGACUACUCGAAUAUCUACGUGAGAGAAACUGAUUGUGCUGCAGAGAUGUUGUACUUCACAAAACUUAUACUUUUCACGCCAAUACUUAGAUCUGAGAUUUUUAUUUAGUUGACGAAUGAUUUUUACUUAGGCACGGUGGAAUUAUGUACCAUCUUCGAAUUACGUCAAUCGAACGAACAGAGGCUUACAUAAUAGCUUGUGAUGUUAAUUUAUUAUUGUAUGUAUACUGAUGCAAAUCUUUGUGUUGGAUAUAUUCAUUUGGACUUGUAGAGCUGUUUGCGUGUUGUAUAGGUUUUCCUCUGUCUCGUACUUUACCAAAGAUUGGUUUUUAACACAAUACUCGCGAAACUUGGAAGGUACGUGUCAAUCGGAACAUGAAUAGUUAUUUUCUCAGUAAUAAUAUCCAAAGGAACGACGGUAACGGAGUCCGUUUGCCUUCCUCACCAAAUAAAAACGUUAUGAUACAAACCGUAUAGGUACGUAAUAUAAAUAAAUAUAUUAUAAGGAUACUAUAUAAUAAUAUAUUUGUCAAAAUGUAAAUGUAGCUAGCGGGCGUGACAAUGUUUUAAUAAGACGUAUGUGCCUUGGCCCUAGACAUGUUGUGAUUUUAUGAAGUAAAAUACUAAAUACAUUUUUCUCCAUACGUUGCUAGUAUGAUAAAGAUAUUUGUACAGCGAUUUUGACGUAUCUUUACGCAUUCAAGUAUUUCCUAGUUCUCUGACAUAUUUAAACUUUUGUAAUAUUUGUUUUAUUCAACAUCAUAUUUUAUUUCAGGCAAUAACAAUAUUAUAACCUUUAUAACUGUCUCACGCUGUAUAAGUUUAUUCUAUCUUUAAUGGGUUAAUGUUAUAUAAAAACCCAUUUUAGCGAACAUAGUUUUUCUAAGUUAGAAUAUUCAUCACCAAAACCAUGAUGAGCAUUAUACAUGUUUGACAAAAUGAAUACAAGUAAAGGUUUACAAUGUUUGUUAUUGUCACAAUACAGUACGCCAUAUUGUUUUAAAUAUUGUGUGUGUGUGUGUGUGUUUUCAUGUAUAUUUCGAGGUAUUUGUGUUUUAUAUGAUUAUUUAUAAAUCUAUUGUCUAUAUAUUAUGUGGAUUUUUACAAGUGGAAAUUUACCUUAUGAAAUGAUAUUCGGUUUUGGAAUUGUUUUAUGUAAAUAUAUUGUUUGUUACAAGUGCAGGAAUCUAGAUUAUGUUCUGCACUUGGAUGUGAUUCUCUAUUUUUUCUUAAAAGACAAUUAUUUUUAAUGUAAUAGCAGUGAAUAUUAUAAUUGCUACGUUAUGAAUUGGCCUAACUUAUGUCUUCAAGAUUAUUUUCUAUUCGGUGUAUAUUAAGAUCUCGUGAAUUCGAUUUGACAUGAAACAGUAAGCAGGCCUUUCUAAGGCGCAAAUAUUUGAAUUGUGUCGCAAAUAUAUUUAUUAAUAUAACUCCAACCUCGACAAUGAAAAUAAAAAGUUACUUAAAUAACUUUAAACAUCAUUGUACUCCACGACACAAAACUGUUCUGAUGUGAAGCGAAAAGUAGAAAACGUUCAAAUCUUAUUCCUUAAUUAUCUGUAAGUUUAAAUGGCAGGCUCUCAAUUUCAUGUUGGUUAUUUACUUAUUUAAAUUUAGAUCAUGUAGAGGAGUAACGACUGUGGGUAUAAAUAUAUGUUCAAUAUAAAUUCAAAAUAAUAAUAUGGACCAUAAAUUAGCAAUUACGAUAAUUAUAAUGAAUUAUUUCCCGUUGUUUAUCCGACGGGAUGUAUGAAAUAUACGAAACUUCAGGAUUUCCGUGUCUAACGAGUAAACGCAACAAAACGAGUUAUGAUAGAAAUGACAAGUAGGCGUGGUUAACGUGCGAACUGCGAAG